CGACCACCUCUGCCAUCGCUCAGAUCCUCCUCCCGGUCCCCGAGGCCCCAAUCGAUUGCUCAAUCCUUCCUCUCCACCGCCCCACCUUCAGGUUCACAGAUCUCGCUAUAAUUUCGACCAGCCUUCUUUUCCCCUUUCUUUGAGCGCGAGGAAUCGGUUUGAGCUGCUGAGCGCCCUGCUUGCUGCUGGUUCUUGAGCUCAGCCUCCCGCUUCUUUGAUCGUUUGGAGUUUUGAGCUGAUUUGGAGGAGGCGGGGUUGAACCGGUGGAGGGAUGUCGCGGCGGCUGUCGUUGCCGGCGAGCUCGCCGGUGACGGUGACCGUGUCGCCGACGAGAGGGAAGGGUGCUGGCGGCGGGAGCCCCGGGGAUGGGGUCGUGAGGAGGGGGUCCGGGCUCACCAGCCCCGUGCCCAGGCACUCUAUCGGCUCCUCCACCGCCACGCUGCAGGUCUCGCCGGUGCGACGGAGCGGGGGGAGCCGGUACGCGUCGAGGGACGGCGCCGACGCGAGCGCCGAGUUCGUGCACUACACCGUGCACAUCCCGCCCACGCCGGACAGGAACACGGCGUCCGCGUCCACGGACGCGCCCGUGGCUGAGGAGGAGGGGGAGGUGCUGCCGCAGAGGAGCUACGUCUCCGGCACCAUCUUCACCGGCGGCCUCAACUGCACCACGCGCGCCCACGUGCUCAGCAACUCCGCCGACGGCGCUCGGCCGGCCGCCUCCGUCAACAUGUCCUGCAAGAUGCGCGGCUGCGACAUGCCGGCGUUCCUCAACGCCGGCCGCGGCGGCCGCCCGCCCUGUGACUGCGGCUUCAUGAUCUGCGAGGAGUGCUACAUGGACUGCGUCGCGGCCGCAGGCAACUGCCCAGGCUGCAAGGAGGCCUACUCCGCGGGCAGCGACACCGACGACUCCGUCGACGAGGACGACGACGACGCCAUCUCCUCGUCGGAGGAGAGGGACCAGAUGCCCAUGACGUCCAUGUCCAAGCGCUUCUCCAUGGUUCACUCCAUCAAGAUGCCCAUGCCCAGCAGCAAUGGCAACGGCGGCGGCAAGCCGGCCGAUUUCGACCACGCCCGGUGGCUCUUCGAGACCAAGGGCACCUACGGCUACGGCAACGCUCUAUGGCCCAAGAACGAGCACGGCGGCGGCGGCAACACCGCUGGGGCCACCUCCGGAUUCGUCGGCAUCGAGGAGCCGCCCAACUUCGGUGCCCGCUGCCGCCGGCCACUGACGAGGAAGACCAGCGUCUCUCAGGCCAUCCUCAGCCCAUACAGGAUGCUGAUCGCGAUCCGGCUGGUGGCGCUGGGGUUCUUCCUGGCGUGGCGCAUCCGGCACCCCAACCCGGACGCCAUGUGGCUGUGGGCGCUGUCGGUGACGUGCGAGGUGUGGUUCGCCUUCUCAUGGCUGCUCGACAGCCUCCCCAAGCUCUGCCCCGUCAACCGCUCCUGCGACCUCGACGUCCUCGCCGACCGCUUCGAGUUGCCCACCGCCCGCAACCCCAAGGGCCGCUCCGACCUCCCCGGCAUCGACGUUUUCGUCUCCACCGCUGACCCGGAGAAGGAGCCGCCGCUUGUCACCGCGAACACCAUCCUCUCCAUCCUCGCUGCCGACUACCCGGUCGAGAAGCUCGCCUGCUACCUCUCCGACGACGGUGGCGCCCUCCUCACCUUCGAGGCGCUCGCCGAGACCGCCAGCUUCGCGCGCACCUGGGUGCCGUUCUGCCGGAAGCACGGCGUCGAGCCGCGCUGCCCGGAGUCAUACUUCGGCCAGAAGCGGGAUUUUCUCAAGAACAAGGUGCGGCUGGACUUCGUCCGCGAGAGGCGGAAGGUGAAGCGGGAGUACGACGAGUUCAAGGUGCGGGUCAACUCGCUGACGGAGGCCAUCCGACGGCGCUCCGACGCGUACAAUGCCGGCGAGGAGCUGCGAGCAAGAAGGCGCCUGCAAGAGGAGGCCGUGGCUGCUGGUGGCGCGCUGGGAGCAGCUCCGUUGGCAGAGACUGGGGCCGUGAAGGGGACCUGGAUGUCUGACGGCUCCCAGUGGCCCGGCACUUGGCUCACCGGAGCGACGGACCACGCGCGCGGCGACCAUGCUGGCAUCAUUCAGGCAAUGCUUGCGCCACCGACGUCGGAGCCAGUGCUUGGCGGUGUGCCGGCGGAGUCCGGCGCGCUGAUCGACACGACGGGCGUAGACAUCCGGCUGCCCAUGCUGGUGUACGUUUCGCGCGAGAAGAGACCCGGGUACGACCACAACAAGAAGGCCGGCGCCAUGAACGCGCUGGUCAGGACGAGCGCCAUCAUGUCGAACGGGCCCUUCAUCCUCAACCUCGACUGCGACCACUACGUGCACAACUCGGCGGCGCUCCGCGAAGGGAUGUGCUACAUGCUCGACCGCGGCGGCGACCGCGUCUGCUACGUGCAGUUCCCGCAGCGGUUCGAGGGCAUCGACCCCAAUGACCGGUACGCCAACCACAACCUCGUCUUCUUCGAUGUCGCCAUGCGCGCCAUGGACGGGCUGCAGGGCCCCAUGUACGUAGGCACGGGCUGCAUCUUCCGCCGCACCGCUCUGUAUGGGUUCAGCCCGCCGCGCGCCACCGAGCACCACGGCUGGCUCGGGAGGAAGAAAAUCAAGCUGUUCCUGAGGAAGCCCACCACGGGGAAGAAGACGGACAGGGAGAGCGAGCACGAGUCAAUGCUGCCGCCGAUCGAGGACGACGACCACAACCAGCUCGGCGACAUCGAGUCGUCGGCGCUGAUGCCGAAGCGGUUCGGCAGCUCGGCCACGUUCGUGUCGUCGAUCCCCGUUGCAGAGUACCAGGGGAGGCUCCUGCAGGACAUGCCGGGGGUGCACCAGGGCCGUCCAGCCGGCGCUCUCGCCGUGCCCCGCGAGCCGCUCGACGCCGCCACCGUCGGCGAGGCCAUCAGUGUGAUCUCGUGCUUCUACGAGGAGAAGACAGAGUGGGGGCGGCGCAUCGGGUGGAUCUACGGGUCGGUGACGGAGGACGUGGUGACCGGGUACCGGAUGCACAACCGCGGCUGGCGGUCGGUGUACUGUGUCACCCGCCGCGACGCGUUCCGAGGCACCGCGCCCAUCAACCUCACCGACCGUCUACACCAGGUGCUCCGGUGGGCGACGGGGUCCGUGGAGAUCUUCUUCUCCCGCAACAACGCCUUGUUCGCCACCCGGCGGAUGAAGCUCCUGCAGCGCGUGGCCUACUUCAACGUGGGCAUGUACCCGUUCACCUCCAUGUUCCUCAUCGUCUACUGCGUGCUCCCGGCCGUCUCCCUCUUCACCGGCAAGUUCAUCGUCCAGCACCUGAGCUCCACGUUCCUGGUCUUCCUGCUCAUCAUCACCAUCACGCUGUGCCUGCUGGCGCUGCUGGAGAUCAAGUGGUCCGGGAUCACGCUGCACGAGUGGUGGCGCAACGAGCAGUUCUGGGUGAUCGGCGGCACCAGCGCGCACCCGGCGGCGGUGCUGCAGGGCCUCCUCAAGGUGAUCGCCGGCGUGGACAUCUCCUUCACGCUCACGUCCAAGCCGGGCGGCGCGGACGACGGCGAGGAGGACACGUUCGCGGAGCUGUACGAGGUGCGGUGGAGCUUCCUGAUGGUGCCCCCCGUGACCAUCAUGAUGCUGAACGCGGUGGCGCUGGCGGUGGGGACGGCGAGGACGCUGUACAGCGAGUUCCCGCAGUGGAGCAAGCUGCUGGGCGGCGCCUUCUUCAGCUUCUGGGUGCUGUGCCACCUCUACCCCUUCGCCAAGGGGCUCCUGGGACGCCGCGGCCGCGUGCCGACCAUCGUCUUCGUCUGGUCCGGGCUCAUCUGCAUGAUCGUGUCGCUGCUCUGGGUCUACAUCAGCCCGCCUGCCGGUGCCAGGCCGGGCAUCGGCGGCUUCAGCUUCCCGUAGUGGUAGCAGUUACCAAGUUCAUCUGAAGAAGCUCGCAUGAAGGAGCACUUGCUUCAUGGAGUUCAGUUAUUGUUUGUAGCUGUUUGAUGGUGGAUUCCUAAGCAGCUGAGCUCAACUGCUGCUCUACCAAGAUAUUAAGACAUGGUGUUCUAGCUAUGCCAUAUCUAACUAUUGUAACUGUAUACUGUGAUUGGGGGUGUACUGUCAGUGUCAUGACAUUGUUAUUCAUCUGUGUCAGUGAGCUAGAAAUACUUGGAGUUCAGUUCA